AUGGAGCUGAGCGAGAUGCUCUACAACAAGUCCGAGUACAUCGAGACGGCGUCCGGCAAUAAGGUGAGCCGACAGUCCGUGCUGUGCGGCAGCCAGAACAUCGUUCUCAACGGCAAGACAAUAGUUAUGAACGACUGCAUCAUCCGCGGUGACCUGGCAAACGUACGGGUUGGACGACACUGUGUGGUGAAAAGCCGCAGUGUCAUUAGACCGCCCUUCAAGAAGUUUAGUAAAGGGGUGGCUUUUUUCCCUCUCCACAUCGGUGACCACGUCUUCAUAGAAGAGGACUGUGUUGUCAAUGCAGCCCAGAUUGGCUCCUAUGUCCACAUAGGCAAAAACUGUGUCAUUGGUCGUAGAUGCGUUUUGAAAGACUGCUGCAAAAUCUUAGACAACACAGUACUACCUCCUGAGACAGUAGUCCCACCCUUCACAGUCUUCUCGGGCUGCCCAGGACUCUUCUCUGGUGAACUCCCAGAAUGUACCCAGGAGCUUAUGAUUGACGUCACAAAGAGCUAUUACCAGAAGUUCUUGCCGCUCACUCAGGUCUAGUAGCCUAUUUACCGUGUUUCAGAGCAGUAAAGGCAUGCGGGAGUAUUCUGGGGGCGGGAAGAGGGAUAUUGUUCAGUGAGACCGGGGCACAGCCCUCCGCUGUUCCUGAGCACUUCUGUGAGUGUUCCUCAACACUAAUGGUCUGGCCAAGCAGUCCCUCGUGAAAGCUGCUGUGUCAUGUUGUUUAAACUUUGUAUCUCAUUUGAAUGUAAUUCAUUCCAUGUUGUCUGAAUUGUGCCAUUAAAUGUUCUGGAGUUAGGAAAGCUGAUACAAUUCCCUUUAGGGCAGCAUCUCCUUCCUGCAGCUGGGGAACGAGGCAGAGUUGACCACGCACACUCUGCAGCCUAAGCUUGUCUUUCAUGUCAAUUCUGUUCCUAACCCAAAGCAAGUGGGUUUACAUUUGCUAGAAGCGUUCUCUAUCCUAGAAUGGAAGUGCUGUGUGGCCUAUGUGCCUGUCAUGGGCAGUUACUUACCAGGGUUCAUUAGAUCCAGUGCUUUCCUUCAGCAAAAUAUUUGCCACUCUAUAGCACUGCGUGUUGAGGUGGGUGGCCUCUUCCUUUUCUCCCUGUGGACUGAGAUUCUCUCCUAUAGGGACAGGGUAUUGUUCAUCAUCUUUAGGCUUUAGGACUUUUGGGUGACAUUGAAACCUGUCUUUCUAGACCUUGCCUGACAGGACACUUCUUAGCUUUUAGCUCUUAAGGUAGACGUCAGUCCUGUGCUCUCACCCGUCACGCAGGGUUAGCACUCUCAUGGCCAAUGAAUGUUCUGCUUCCUGAACAUCGCAGACCUUAAAGAGCCAAAGGGCUUUGGAAGGAGGAUUGCCAUGUCACUCACAGAAUUCAGUGCGGCAGAAAGUGGGUAAUCAAACGCAGAAACCGGAGGUGGGUGAGAGAAUGCUGCAAUUGUCCCCAUUUAUUAUUCUGUAUCUUUGCAGAAAGCUCUUUGGUGCUUCUCUGCAUUACAAAA